AUGGCGAAUGCGUCGCCAACGCCGUCGUUCGCGCUGACAGACACUACGCAAAAGGCGCCGUUGCUACUGGUCCCUCAAGCAACGAAUGACGGCCUGCACAUAGUACCAACGACUGAGCCGCUCUCUGAGGCAGACAUCACAGCCAUGCGUCGCAGGAUACACGAAAUGGGGAUUGUAUCUAGUGAAAAUGGACACGCCAGCUCAAGAGAAAAGGAGAUGGCCGAUAUGGUUCUGCGAUUGACAGCCUCAAGCCUCAUCGAUCCAACACAACUUUUGAGCCAGGCUGCCACAAUUUCAGGCUUAACUAGCCAACGGAACUUUGUGAUUCGCCAGGCGGAAGAGGAAAGGGGCAGAUGGCAGUCUGAACGAGACGGCUGGGAUAGAACAGCAGAAGCCUUGAUUGCUCAACGAAAUAAGCCAGGAAGCUCGGCGGCCAAAGAUGAGCUCUAUGAUGCGAACAACCGGCUGAUGACGCUCGAGUCUGAGCUGAACAAACUUAAACCUAUCCUCCUUAUGCAACCCUAUCCCAGGGGAGAUGAUCACACGAAUAUACCCUCACAGUCAUUAAAACACGCACUUGCACGGUCAAAGAAAGACGAGGAGACCAUCGAGGAUAUUAUCGACGAGGUUGCCGAGGGUAACAAAUCCAACCCACCAACGGCUUCAGCGUCAACCUCAGACAUAUACAAACGGCGUGAUGCUGUCGCUCAACACCCAUACCCAUACAAUCAUUCCUACCAAGCUCCUCGCCACACCGCGGUGGCCCAAGGUAGCCAGCAGCAACCACUUCCCACUGCCUCCUCAUCUCGAAUUCUAUGGCAACCCCCAAAUCUCAAUCCUUCUUCUGCCACAGAUCCGCCACGUCGCGUUCGUUUGAGGCGAAGAAUCAUUCCUUCUCUGUCCUCAGACGCGCGAACAGAACACAUCCUCCUUGCUGCUCGGAAGAUUGGUCGGGAACGCGCUAGUGUCGUCUCAGGUCUAGCACAUUACGCCGACAAGGAGAAGGCCAAAUGGGUUAGGGACCAGGAGCAGCAGCGCCUCAAUCGAGAAGCUGAGCGUCUAGAGAAGGAGCGCUUGGAGAGGCUGGCAAGUGGCAACGCUGGCGCCUCUUAUUAUCGGCGAGACGCUGAAUUUGCCAGCCCAACGCAGAAACAGACUUCGAAUACUCCCAAGAGGAGUGGGUUGAGCCACUACGCGCCUAUCAUUACUGGAAUACGUCCGCCGAGGAAAUCUGCUAGUCAGACGACCUUCGUGUUCGUGGGCAAUUCAGGGGAACCUGUUGGAGGAGUUGAGACCGCUACGCGGAGUGAUGCUACUCCUAGACGCGAUCGAGAAGAAGAGACAAAUCAGAAGGCAGGAGGUGGUCCGCCCACCCCCAUGGACUCACUCUUAAGCGCUGCUAGGAGUAUGAUGGACGAAGGCGGAAAGAGUAAUGGUCGUAGGAGGGCUGGCCCCUUGGAACACUCAGAGAGUCCUGCUCCCAAGAAACGCCGCGUCGCUGGUAGCAAAGGACCUAGUCAUGGACGUGCGAAGAGUGCCCUUGACGUGUUAGCUGACCAGGCAGCAGUUGCCAAUGAGGCUGGUAGUUCUUCCGCGUCUGCCCCUCGUGCUGGCGGGAAAAGGGCUUCCGCGAAGGCGAAAGGAAAGGAGAAGGAGAAGGAAGGAGAUGUGGGUGAUGGAAAAAGCAAGACCGGUAAUGAAGAUCAACAGGUUAUGGCGAAACCUAAGGGCCGGCCGAAGAACAGCAAGAAAGUGGCACCAACGCCAGUUCUCGUGGCUUCUGGAAAAAAAGCGCGACCCCCGAGGGCUCCACCGCGAGAUAGGACAGGCAAUAAUAAUCAUACUUCAUCUAACCCCACGCAGACACUGCGUAUGAUCUCGCCUCCUGGUCCUCGAAUUAUCUCAGCUCCCGAUGGUCGUCGAGGGCGGAUGUAUUCACCUCUAGAUGAAGCUCUGGCUCCAUUGCCUAGCAAACUGAAGGGCAAAGAGAAGGCGGCGAACAGAGAACCCGAGCAUGUAUGGGUGGAUUCGGGAGUUGGGAACCAGAGACCGAGCACGGCUUUCAGUUUCGGACCGGUUGUUGGAUGGGGCGAAAGGGUAGAGGGGGAUGGGAACGAUGAGCAUGAUGGAUCUUCUUCUCCGAUUAUGCCAGAGCCGUCAAGACCUCGAUACGACCCAGUUUUGGACGCUGCAAGGGUCGUAGAAUCGUCAUCUCUACAAAAGCCUGUAGAUGUGCAUCCUACUGAGAAGGAGGGAGAUCAUAGGGCGGGUUCUCAUCAGUCUACCAGUCCGAGGAGAAUGAAUGGAGUCGCAGCGAAAGUAGUGCCGAGUGGCUCAAUAACUAUCGAGACGGAUGGUCUGAAGAGGUUUUCACAGGAGGAAGAUCAGGCGGCAAGUACUCGGAGUCUGGAGGGAACUCAUGGGGUGGCAGUGGACGCAGUGGAGAGUCGGUCGUUACUUGUUGACGUUGAAAAGCAUGAUCAAAGCCAGGAAGUCGAAGUGGAUGCAGCAACUGUGGUGGAGCAGAACGGUGUAGACGGAGAUAAGGACGAGCAAAACGACAAUGACAACCAACAUGGCAGGGACAAGCGAAACGACGGCGACGAACAGAACGACAGGAACGAGAACAGUACUGAGGACAAGACUGGUGGGAAUAGACUCGGCGAUGCGCAUAGGUCGAUGAAUCACCCUCGUUCGCCAACACCGCUGCCAGGGCCGCCUUUACGAGAAUUGGAUGAAGAUUAUGACGAUGAACAUGAUGGCGAUGCAGAUGCAGAGGGUGAAAUAGAUCCAGAAGCAUCUGAUGCUGCCCAAGAGUCUGCCAUGGCCAUAUCUCUCUGGUCUUCGCUCCUCAAACAACCACCCAGCUUCAACUUGAAGCAUAUGUUUUUGUGGUCAAUACAAGCCAUGGGAUACAUCUCUCGAUCCCGCUCGAUGAACCUUUCUUUUCAUCACCAAACGCUGUUGCGUCUCGAGAUGUUCACUCAUAGAGCCCUUCGCAAAACUUGGCCAGAAGUGGGACUUAGUGCAACAGCUACAGAGCGGUGGUUGAGAAAGUUUGCCAAUGACUUUGAAGCCGACGCUGGCGUCUCUACAAACUGCCGCACCUGCUCAAUCUCAGUCCUCCCAUAUUCCUCCCCCUCAUAUAGUUCCAAAUCCCAAGUUAGGCCUAGCGCCUCUCAGCAGUGA